GAUCCUCAAAUUCAAAGACGCCAUAAAGUACUAUAACUGCGAAUAAUUGCAGUGACACAUGCAAAGUCUUUCCGGAUAAUUGUGUGGGAUUCUUUAACUCGUCCUAGCUGUUGGAUCCAAAAUGUACUGCAUAUACCAUGGAUAAGCAAAUAAUGCAGUGAAAUUUUCUGUAACGUCUUCCUUUAAAGCAAACACAAACCCACAAGAGAAGCAGAAGAAAAAUACGGGGUUCUUAUCGUGUUGUACAUGGUUUUUUCAUCAAUAAACGAUAGCACACUAUGAAUGUGUUGAUGAAUUAUUGUCGAACGCGUUACUUCGGUAAACGAACGUUUUUCCCUUUUGCCAGAGAAAAUUCAACUGUGUCCACCACCGACAGUAAAAGAAAAGGAGAAAUGAAGGAACCAUCAGAAAACACGAUCGUGGUGGAGAAGGAAAACAAUAUCACGCUGAUUGGAAUCAACCGUUCAAAGGUGAGAAAUGCAAUCGAUUCGACGACGGGCACAAAGUUGGCGGCUGCAAUCGCCGAGUUCGAAGCCGAUCCCAAAGCGGAUAUUGGCAUAUUGCAUGGAAUCGGUGGAACUUUUUGCUCCGGCUAUGAUCUCAGUGAGCUAGCCGAUUCGCAGCAGCCUGAGCAAAUUCAACGAAUCGUUCAAAAUCCGGACGGCGUAAUGGGCCCCACAAGGCGAAUGAUCAGGAAACCAAUGGUGUGCGCCAUCAGCGGAUACUGUGUGGCUGGCGGGCUAGAGCUGGGACUGAUGUGCGAUCUGCGCGUGAUGGAGGAGAAUGCCGUGCUCGGUUUCUACAAUCGGCGCUUUGGGGUUCCACUGAUCGAUGGCGGCACGGUGCGUCUUCCAGCGUUGAUAGGGCUUUCGAGAGCGCUGGAUCUGAUGCUUACCGGGAGAAGCGUGACCUCCAAGGAAGCAUUCGAAAUCGGACUCGUCAAUCGCGUGGUUGCUAUCGGGUCGGGGCUAGGCCAGGCUCUCAAUCUAGCGAUGAGUAUUGCAAAAUAUCCGCAACUUUGUAUCCGCCACGACCGGGAUUCCGCGUAUUACGGUGCGUUCUCGGCACACACGUUCGAGGAAGCAAUGGCACGGGAAUCAUCGAGUGUUACUGUGGAGUUGCUGCAGGAGGCGAAAGUUGGGGCAGAAAAGUUUCGCCAGGGAAUUGGUCGCGGUGGCAGCUUCGGUGGAAUCAAGGAAAAAAAGAUGGCAGACUGGGAGAAAUCUGAAAUGCACUAUGAGUCGAAACUUUAGUUGAUGGUUUUUAAUUUUUCAAUAAAUAUAAACGUUUAAAUGU